AAUAAAAGAAAUUCCAAAAACCGGAUUAUCAGUUAAUCGUCCUUUAAAAAACAAUUUCCAAUGCACACUCUUUUCGCUUCUUGAUCCAAACUCUAAUCAAUGGCGACGAGACCUUCGUCGUGGUUUGUCAGUCAGGGUUUCGCUUAUUCUUCCUGCAAAUGCAACAAUCCUAACAAUAAACUGACAAAUGUUCGAUUCUUAUUGGCUCCUGGCAGAUUGCUUCCCGCUUAUUGCAAAAUGCGGCAACGUAAUCUCAGUAGCUCGGCGAAUAAGAAACGGCAAGUGAAAAAAACUUCACCGGAAUUGCCUCCUAUUGCUACAGAUUUUCAAUCGAGUGGCGGUGGUGAUGGCAAUGAUAAUGACGAUAAUUCGGAAGCUGAAAUCGAUUCGUUGAACGGUAGUGGUGAUAUUAUUGGUGUUAAUAGUGUGGAUGUGGAGCAUGUUGAUGGUGCCGUAGAAUUGGAUAGUCUUACUCAAGAAAUGAAAUCUUUGGGCAUAGAUGAUGGAGAGCAGCUUUCAAGUAAUCCUAAUGAAAUGAAAUCUCUGGGGUUAAAAAUAGAUGGAGGGGAUCAACUUUCGAAGGUUCAGCUUGAGGAUUUGAUUGGCAUGAUAAGAAAUGCAGAGAAAAACAUCCUGCUUCUUAAUCAAGCUCGGGUUAAUGCGCUUGAAGAUCUUGAAAGAAUUCUAGCUGAGAAAGAAAUUUUGCAAGGGGAAAUUAAUGUUAUGGAGAUGAAAUCGGCGGAAACCAAUGCGAGAAUGAAGGUUGCUGCUCAGGAAAAGAUAAAUGUGCAGAUCAAGGAAGACCAGUUAGACAAACUAAGAAUUGAAAUGGCAUACAGUAGUGAGAACCAGAACAGACCUUUGAUUGAGGAAGACUCUAUGCUUCGGGAAAGAAGUCUUCAUACUCUUAGUGAAGAGCUUAAUUUAAUGAGGGAAGAGAAUACUUUGUUGAAAAAUGAUAUAGAAGCACUAAAGGUGGAGCUUACCAAUAUUAAGGAUACAGACGAGCGUGUCAUAGCAUUGGAGGAAGAUCGUUCAAUGUUGGGAUCUUCUCUGAAAGAGUUGGAGUUGAAACUAUCAGCUUCUCAAGAAGAUGUCUUGAAAUUGUCUAUCCUAAAAGUUGAAUGUAAAGACUUGUGGAAAAAAGUGGAAAAUUUGCAAGCACUAUUAGAUAAGGCAACCAAGCAAGCGGAUCAGGCUAUUAUAGUUUUACAGAAAAACCAGGAGCUCCGAAAGAAAGUUGAUAAAUUGGAAGAAACCUUGGAAGAAGCCAAUGUCUAUAAAUUAUCAUCAGAAAAAUUGCUUCAGUAUAAUGAAUUGAUGCAGCAUAAAAUAAAGCUAUUGGAGGAACGUCUUCAAAGGUCUGAUGAAGAAAUACACUCUUAUGUUAGCUUAUAUCAAGAAUCUGUACAAGAAUUUCAAGAUAUGCUUAAUAGUUUAAAAGAAGAAAGCAAGAAAAAAGCAUUGGAUGAACCUGUAGAUGAUAUGCCCUCAGAAUUUUGGAGCCGUUUAUUUCUUAUGAUUGAUGGCUGGCUUCUUGAGAAGAAAAUAUCAGCAGAUGAUGCAAAGCUAUUAAGAGAUAUGGUGUGGAAAAAAGAUAGGCGUAUUCAUGACACUUACUUUGACUGCCGAGAAAAAACAGAGAGUGAAGCUAUUUCUAUGUUUCUCAAGCUAACAUCAUCACCAAGCAGUUCAGGAUUGCAUGUAAUUCAUAUUGCGGCUGAGAUGGCACCAGUUGCUAAGGUUGGUGGUUUGGGAGAUGUUGUGGCUGGUCUCGGUAAAGCACUACAAAAGAGAGGACACCUUGUGGAAAUUAUUCUUCCUAAAUAUGAUUGCAUGCAAUAUGAUGAAAUUGGUAACUUGAGGGCUUUGGAUGUGACUGUGGAAUCAUACUUCGAUGGAAAAUUAUACAAAAACAAAAUUUGGGUUGGAACUGUUGAAGGUCUUCCCAUUUACUUUAUUGAGCCUCAUCAUCCUGACAAGUUCUUUUGGAGAGGGGAGUUCUAUGGAGAGCAUGAUGAUUUUAAACGUUUUUCAUAUUUUAGCCGUGCUGCACUUGAGUUGCUUCUGCAAGCUGGCAAGAAACCUGACAUUAUUCACUGCCAUGACUGGCAGACAGCAUUUGUUGCACCACUCUAUUGGGAUCUUUAUGCGCCAAAAGGAUUGAAUUCGGCUAGAAUAUGUUUUACAUGCCACAACUUUGAGUACCAAGGCGCUGCACCUGCAUCGGAAUUGGCAUCUUGUGGCCUUGAUGUCCACCAUCUAAAUAGACCAGACAGAAUGCAGGACAACUUGGCACAUGAUAGGAUCAAUCCUGUUAAGGGUGCAGUGGUGUUCUCAAACAUUGUGACAACAGUAUCACCCACCCAUGCGCAAGAGGUGCGGACUGUUGAGGGAGGAAGAGGUCUCCAUUCAACUAUAAAUUUUCAUGCCAAAAAGUUCAUUGGAAUUUUGAAUGGAAUUGACGCUGAUGCAUGGAAUCCUAUGACCGACACAUUUCUCAAAGUUCAAUAUAGCUCUAAUGAUCUUCAAGGGAAAGCUGAAAACAAAUUAGCUAUAAGAAGGCACUUUGGGCUGUCAACGGCAGAUCCUAGGCAGCCGUUGGUAGGCUGCAUAACCAGAUUGGUGCCGCAGAAAGGCGUACAUCUUAUUAGACAUGCCAUCUACCGAACAUUGGAGUUGGGAGGUCAAUUUCUGCUUCUUGGCUCAAGCCCGGUUGCACAAAUUCAGAGGGAAUUUGAGGGUAUUGCAAACCAUUUUCAGAAUCAUGAGCACAUUCGCCUGCUAUUGAAGUAUGAUAAUUCUCUUGCGCAUUCCAUUUAUGCAGCUUCUGACAUGUUUAUCAUCCCAUCUAUCUUUGAGCCUUGCGGCCUCACACAGAUGAUAGCUAUGAGAUACGGUUCCAUACCAAUUGUAAGAAAAACAGGCGGUCUUAAUGACAGUGUUUUUGAUGUUGAUGAUGAUUCAAUUCCUCUCCAAUUUCGAAAUGGAUUUACAUUCUUGAAUCCUGAUGAGCAGGGCAUAAAUGGUGCUCUAGAACGUGCAUUUAAGUACUAUAUGAACAAUCCUGAGGGAUGGCUAGAGCUUGUUAAGAAGGACAUGAACAUAGAUUUCAGUUGGGAAUCUUCAGCAUUGCAGUAUGAAGAGCUCUACUUGAAGUCAGUGGCCAGAGCUAGGGCGGCGAUAAGUCGCACUUAAUUCGUGAUGCUGAUCUGAAUUUCAAGAUUCUAACAGAAAAUCAGGCAGGCCGAUAGAUGUAAACUUGUAGCUGCAUGACGGAAUAGACACGUCCCACACCUUCAUGUUCAUUUAUUUAUUAAUUUAUUUUAGGGGACUAUAGAGUUAGAAAUUAUAGCGAGAUGACACCAUUCUUUUAUUCAAAAGAAUAGAAUAUAUAUACUAUACAAUAAACAUGCCAAUGUACCUCAAAGGUUCAUAAUUUAUACUUAUACAUCACCAAUUUUCCA